GAACGCAAAAUAACGCCGCCAUUUGUUCUCUGAGAAAAGUUAGACCAUUUUAUAUUUCCGUCUCAAACGUUCAAAGUAUGGCUACUACGCUAAUCUCCGUCAAGCUUCCACCAGAUAUCGACCCAACUAAGGCUAGACUAGCUUAUGGGGAUAGAGCCUUGCCAAAAUUGAACCGGGAGUUAAACAGUGACGAUCUCUUAACAAGACAGAAAGCGUUGAUGUCUCUUUGUGAUGCAAUGCAUAACCCUGAGUACAUUUGCGAGGGAAUACGAGUAGGGAUUGCUGCAAGUUUAAAAUCUUUACUAAAAGACGCCGAUGCAACUGUGAGACACAAGACUACAGAGGUUCUUUUCAUUAUAGCAGGGCAUGCUGUUGGGAGAGAUGCCUUCUUAGAACACAGCAUCAUCCUCCCUCUUUCUGAGCUGUUUAAUGACCAAGUAUACCAAGCACGGCGAAAUGCACACCAAGCAAUAGAGAUGUGCUCUCACACAAGUCCAGGUACUGAUGGUGUCGUGGAGGCAAAUCUUCUGCCAAUACUUGUUGGCAAACUACUAGAAGAGCAGGAUGAAAUAAAGGAACUGAUUCUUGACACCCUUCACUACUGUAUGAGAGUUGAGACAAAGCAAGUACUUGACAGUAAUGGUAUGGAAGCCUUCACCAAACUCCUGGAUCACAUGGACCCCUCAACACGAUGCAAAGCAGCCAGGGACAUCAUGGACUUAAGUUUCCCCCUGGAGGGCAAGGAUAGGGCUGUUGAUGUGGGUGCUGUUCCGCCUCUUGUAUCAUUGCUCCGGGAUAAUUCAGCUGAGGUGCGGGCACAAGCUGCUGGUGCUAUUAUGACUAUUACGAUUACUACCAAAGGCAAAUAUGCCGCCAUAGAAGCAGAGGCAAUCCCAAACCUUGUCAGUCAACUGUCAGAUCCUGUUAGUGAUGUGCGACUAAACUCUCUAAAGGCGAUAACGACUCUCGCAGAGGCCCCUAUUGGUAGGACGACUCUUUUAAAAUCAGUCAAAGAGGUAGAAAAGCUUGUCCAUGAUCACGACAGUCCGGCCGUGAGGAAGGCGGCGCAGAUAGCUGUCAAAGUCAUCACAUGGAAGCCAUAGCAACCGCCGCCCAGAAUGCAUCGCUGGCGCUCAUGUCGCUUAUUUUUCACCAUAGGGCAGAUUAACCACGCGCUCGCUCGUUGAUUGCUGUACAUAGAUCCGUGUUACGAUUUGUAAAUAAACUUAUUGUGCAUUAUUCUUAAA